GUGACUCCCGUGCAUACCCUAAUGGGUAUGAAGGAGCUCAAGCCGCACGAAGAGCUCAUGCAGGAGGGCAUUCUAGUGGAGUACGAUGAUAGCAAGGGCAACGCCAUGUUUGUCUCCCACCAGUGGGCAGGCGCCGAGCAUCCUGACCCCAAUUUCGAGCAGUUCACGGUCUUGCAGGAUGCGCUGAGGAACGCCAUGUCAGGGACUUCUUUGAUAUCAGGUAACAUCAGCAUAGAGCUGUACACCGGCCAGCAGGUUUGCGUGUCAGCCAAGGACCUGACCUCCAAGGCGCUCUACAUUUGGUAUGACUUCUUCUCAUGCCCGCAGUCUUCUGCGAGGGCCCAUGACCGCCAGCUGGCUAUCAGUAGCAUCCCCGCCUAUGUCGACCGGUGUCAGUUCUUCGUGAUCCUGUGCCCCCAUGUCCGUCACGCCAAGCACCAGCUGCUGCUGAACAAGCGCAGUUGGGAAAGUCGCGGAUGGUGCAGGCUCGAGCGCGUAGCGCGCGAGCUGAGCACGAGGGCUGACACCGGGGUCUCCAUCGAGAUCCAGGGCGCAACGCACCAAUCGCAGGCUGCCGCGUUUGGUUGGGUCCAGGCGCCUGUGGGAACUGGAAGCUUUACCGUGCCCUCUGACAAGGAGAAGAUUGCACAGGUCUUGCAGCGCAUGGUGAGGAAGAAGCUGCACUACUACUUGGUGAGAGGGGACCUCCACAGCUACAGGCUCAUGCUGAACAUCCAGCGGGUUCACUACAAAGAUCUCCACAUCAAUCCUAUUGAGGGAUUGGUGCCUGGCUUUGUAUCGGAGUCGCAUGACCCAGCAGUCUAUGCUGCCGAGAGCUUUAUGUUCCAGAAUGGGUUCAAUUCUAUCAACCAGCGCACAGCAGAAGGCUGGACACCAAUUUGCUUUGCUGCCGUGGACGGCAGCCCUAUGUUGAUCUCGGCCCUGUUGGAGCAACGGGCGGACGUCAACGAUCGGAUGAAGCAACGAGAGCCAGCCAGCCAAUUCGGGCAAGACACCCCCUUACUCCACAUGUGCGCCUUCUUGACCAACAACGAGGCGCUUAGAGUUCUCAUCAGCAGCCGAGCUGAUGUAGCCGCCAGAGACGGUUUUGGGGCGACGGCUUUGGUUUGGGCUGCCUUCUCUAACAAUGUGGAGGGAAUCAAGGCACUCUGGGCGGCUGGCUGUGACCCUGCAGCUGUGAACAUGCUGGGCUACUCUCCUUUCCGAGUGGCCAGCGCAGUCGGGCGCGUGGAUGCCAUGAACGAACUGCUUCCGCACACAUCCAAAGAGGAGAUCAACCUGGCUCUGCAUGCUGCGAUGCUGCAAGGCGGGGGAUCCGCCGAGGUGAUGUCGACAUUGUUACGCGUUGGAGCAGAGGUGGACUUCAAGCUGAACAUGCCGCUGAUCAGCCCCCUCGGCAUUUGGUUUGGCUGCCUCAGCCUGCGACACCGAUGGAAAUCCUCCCUUCUGAGCUCCUAUGCCUACCAUCACUACGGGGCCACGCCCCUCAUGUGCAGCGUCAUCACGGGCUCGUUCGAGGCGACUGCAGUGCUCUUAGCCGCCGGGGCGCGCACGGAUCUACGGAACCUCGCUCGUUGUUGUGGGGAAUCAUGGGGCUUGAAUAGGGUUCGGGUGCCGGUAUUCAGGUUGGGAGUUAAGGUUUGCCCAUACUAA